CUCUUCUUUCUUCUCUUACCUCACGAAAACUUCAACUUCAACACUUACAAUGCUUGGCAAGAAAUCCAAGAAGCUCCCUCAAGCAGCUGCUCUCAAACAGAUUCUCAAAAGAUGCUCAAGCUUUGGGAAGAAAAACAACGUCCGUAAUGAGCCAGAAGGUCUACCUGUUGAUGUACCAAAAGGUCACCUUGCUGUGUAUGUUGGUGAAAACAGGAGCAGACACAUCAUUCCAAUCUCAAUGUUGUCUCACCCUGAGUUUAAAGUUUUACUUAAAAAUGCAGAAGAGGAAUACGGGUUUAAGCAUGAGAUGGGUCUUACCCUACCUUGUGAUGAGGUUUUUUUCCUCAACUUAGUAGCCAUCAUCCGGUGAAUAAUCUUGCUAAUGGUAGCUAAGGUACAGGUAGUUGGGAGUAAGUUACUACUAGGAUUUCUUUGGAAAAUAAUUUCCAGUUGAAGGCGUAAAUCAUCUAGCUAUAACCAUGACUUGUAUAUUAACAUAUUGUAAUCUUCUUUGUUUUUGGAUGUUCUAUCUUAUGUUAUAGUUUGCUUGUACUAUGUAGUUCAUGUUCAAC